CGUAUAUGCAUUUAUCGUUUCCUCGUCGUCGCGUCGUCGUAUGUCGCAUAUCGCAUGCGUUGUCGUCGAGUCGUCGCAGUCGGUCUGCGGUUGCAUGGCGUUCUACGUAGUGCGUAUGUGCGCUUGAAUUCGACGGAGCCGUUCGUGCACGAGAUACCGGCGCCCGCAUUCGUACGGCCAAGUCCACGUCGCGAGUAGUUGGCCGCGACGAGAGUAAGAAAGGACGAUUAUUAAUAUUUGAGCUGAGGAAGCGAACUAGCAGCUAGCAGCGACGAGUUAGAGAAGGAGCGAGCGAGCGAGCGAGAGAGAGAGAGAGAGAGAACGAGAGAAAGUGAGAGAGAGAUAGAGACAGAUAGUAGAAGCAAGGUAUAGGCAUAUUAUUUGUCGUAUAUUAAGUGGGGGCUUGACGCGGGCUUGUAACGUUUGCACAAAGAUCGGAUAAGAGAAAAAAAAACAGGGCGUGGAGUUUAACCGGGCGCGACAAAUAGGCACGCCGCUAAUCGCUAUCGUGGCCAUGGGUAAGACGCCAAAGAAGGCGGCCCCUGGGGGCGAUGAGAGGAAUUUGUACGUUCGGAGGCUCAAGGCAACGACCGCGCCGUCGAGAGCUUCUGAAUCUAGCUUGCACGAGAGACAGCGCGAGUCCGAGAGUUUGAACAGGCCGAAAUUGACUGGAGUGCAGAAAAAAGUCCCAGCUGGACCAGGAAAAAAUUUCAAGAGCAAACUUCGCCCUCCAACAAAGGGUGGACUUAAUCAAGCAUCAAAACAAUUAAAAUUGUCAAUGAAAAAUCCAGAAGCGAAGACUGCAGACAUGCAGGGAUCAGAAGAAGCUGAAGUUAAAUUAAACGUCUCAAUUCAAAAGGAAAAUAUCAAGGAAGAGAAUGGUAAUAAAGUUGUCAAAACUGAAGAAUCUGCUACUGAUAAAGAAUGUGUUGAUCACAUUGAACAGGCAUCAGACAAACUUCAAACUUCUAUAAAGACUAUCGACGAAAUUGUAUCUAUUGAAAGCAAAAAUAUUUCUCAAGAAAAAGAAGGAGUCUCAUUAGAAAAUGUUAACAUUGCAACCACAGAAAUGGAAGAAGACAAUGAUAUAAAAUUAACAUUCGAUAUAGAGAAGAGUCCUAUAAAAAAUGGAGAGGAAAAAUUAAAUGACAAACGGCCAAAAGACGAUAACUCUGGAGAAGAAUUACAAGACCAACUGAAGAACGGCAUAAAUGAAAAAGAAGAGAUACAAAGCGAAGCUCAAACAGAUAUGGAAAGUUAUUCAGUGGACAUUGUUGAAUCUACAACAUCGGAGCUAUCUGAAACAUCGGAAUCCAUUUCUCUGAAUGAUACACAGAAGGAUAAAGAAAAGAUUGAUGAUGUUGUAAACAAUGAAGCAUCUGUUUCUUAUGAUUCAUCUACGCUAAAAGAUUCAUACAUGCUAAAAGAUGUACAUGUCAUGCUUGUAAGAUCAGAUUGUGUGAAGGAUAAUUCGAAGCUUUUGGACGUAAGUAAUAUAGAAGGCACACCGAGUCAACUAUCAAAAGAUCUGUCAUUUGGCAGGACGCUAAGGAACAUCUCAGGAAGACACUCAAUCGGUAGGUCGCGUCGUAUUACUUUGCGCGAGAGGAUAUCACCUAAUAGCUCUCUUUUUGUGAAUACAUCAGACAUGUCAAUAGCUCAAGAUGAAGGGACAGAAUCUAAGAUCUUACAUUACAGCAGUUUACUAUCCGACAUUUUCCCUAGAAACGGUAGCCCAUUGGACAGGAAACGUAAAAUUGAGACUAAUUGGGAUUCAGCAAAAAAGCAGAAAACGGAUGACGAGAGUAGUUCAUUAAAUACAUCUAUAAAUCUAGUGAAAGGUUUUGUCAAACCUGUGCUGAUAUCCACACCAAAAAGCACACCUUAUAAAUUUGAAUCCACUAAAUUAGACAUUAGUGGGAUAAAUGUUGACAACAAUAAGAAAAUGAGUGAAACAACUGAAAGUACAAAGAAGACAUGGUGUGUCAUCAUGUAAAAUUUCGGCCUGUUAUAUCCACUAAAAAAAAAAAAAAGAAAAGAAAAACAGGAAAAAAUUUAUAUUUUCAAGAAGUACUAAAGUUUAAAUGAUCAGAAACACAUUCAUGUAUAUCGCCUUUUGAUAGUGGAUAAUUUUUUUCUAAUUAAUCUAUUAGAAAUAAUCGAAAUCUCAUUUUUUUAUAUUUCAAAAUUUGUCCGAAAACAGAUGUACUUUUCUAAUUUUUAGACAUUUCCUCUUUUCGAUAGCAGAGAAUAUAAUGUAUUUUCAAUAAUUAAAUUAGUCUAAUAUUAUAUUUCCAUUAUGCAGAUUGUGCUAAAACUGUUUGUUAGUGUAUAAUUUUUUAUAUAUUAUCACUUGCUAUCUUGAGGAUAAAAAAUUUGUUAGAAAGAGAAAAGUAAACUAUAAUGAUGAAAAAGUACAAUUUUAUUAACUUGACAUGACUAUUUUAUGAACAAAGACUUGAUUUUAAAUAAUAAAAUACUAGCUUUUGGCAUAGUGCGAUAUAAAAUAAUUAAGCGCAUAUACCCAUACAGAAAUGUAAAAUGUAUUUUAUUACAAUACAUUAAUUUAUAUCCUGCAUAAUCUGUAUUUAUCUCCAAUACAAUUUUGUAGGUAGAGAUUGAUACAUGAUAAAUACACAGAUGAAUACACGUAUAAGUUUUAUUUUACUUAGAAAUAGUUCUGUAACGCAACAUUACAAUAUAUUAAUUUGACAAAAUAUUAAUCUGGGAAUAAUUUCUUGUAUACUAUCUCAUAUCUGUAGAAAAAACGUAUAUUCUAUACAUUUAUUUCUCAUAUAUCGUGGAAUAUUAAAAAGACAUCUCUGUGUUUAGUUCUUAAUAAAGUAUAAUAUUUAUAUUUCUGUAAUUUAAUAAUGUUGAUGAAGACUUGUGUUACGGAUAUGAGAAUUUACUCUACACAAUUAUUUCGAAUAAAUUUUUGAAGAUUAAUUGUAAUAUUGAUAUGAACGUAUAUUUUGCUUCAGUUAUAGCGAAUUGUUGCUAUGAGAUAAGUAUAUCUGCAUUUAUGAUAUCAGUGAUUUUUUAUGAUCUAUCAUUAAGAAAUAUUCCUGUUGGUUAUUACAAAUGAUCCAUAUUAUGAUAACAGUUGUUCAAAAGAUUUAAUAACUUGUAUAUUGCAAUGUUAUAUGUAUAAUUUUUUAAUUAAUUGAUAGAUUGAUUCUAUUUUUUUAUAGAAGACAAGGUAAUUUUUCAUGUGCUAUUCACAUUUGAUAUAAGAAUACUCAUUUUUAUCGACAAAUAUAAAUAUGUUGCAAUUAAGAAAAUUCAAUGCGUAAGGAGUAUUUAAAUAUGAAACUGUAUAGCAUCAUACAGUAUAUUUUAAUAGCGAAAUAAGAAUUGUAUGAAUUGUAGAAAAGACAUAUUUCUAGAAAGAUUUCAUUUCAUAUGUGCGACUUUAUUUGUCAAAUUCGUGCAUUCAAGACCUCUCAUAUUUUGCCAUAGAUAUAUUCUUGUUUAAGAGGGUGAUAUUAUGCCUUAAUAUGAAAUCUGUUGGGAUAUACAUACUAUGUAACGAAAUAGAUAUAUCUCUUCGACCUUCCAUCGUAUUGAUAAAUGAGAAGUAGAAACGGUUAAGACAAUUCGACCAAAGUAAUUUCCCAAUGUCACUCGACCUAUUCGUUUAGACCUGUCGAGUAAUUCUCCCUUAAUUACUAAAAUUAUAUAUUGCAAAAAAAAUGUGUUUGAUUUUAUAUCACGAUGUUGAAUCAUUAUUUUGUCAAUUUGCUGCGAAUGUAAUUUUUAAAAUUACUAAUUAUUCGGGACUAAACGAAUAAUCGUUAAGACAUACUUUUAUACUUAAUCGAUUAGUAAAAGCGUUAGAAGUAUAUCUAAGAGAAUGUAUAUAGAAACCUCUCUAUGAGAUUUAUAAUAAACUCUCGAAACUGCAAA